AUGACUCACACAAUCAAAGGAAUAGCAUGCGACUUUGGCAAUGUUUUAUUUGCGGACGGUUCUAUUGAAGCUGUGAAAAAGCUUUCCAGCCAGUACGACAAAGACUUGAUGAUGUAUGUACUAACUUCAAAAAGUGAGAUGGGGAAACGUGUUCGAGCAGAAGACACAUAUUGGCCGACAUAUGAAGAGUCCGCCCGAAGAAUUUUAAAGGAACACGACAUUUCAUAUGAUGAGGUAGUGGAUGUGUGGUUCAAUUCAUAUACAUUGAACACUAAAAUGCUUCAUUUUCUUCAAAGAGCCAAAGUUAGUGGAAUAAAGAUUAUAGCAUACAGUGGCAACAUAAGAAAACGAGUUGAAUUUCUUUAUCAAAAGUACCCCGAAGUACCCAAAGUGUUUGAUGUUGAAGUUUUCAGUUAUGAUUAUAAUAUGAGUAAAGAGAAUAUUGUGUUUACUGAACAUAUGGUCGAGAAGUCUGGACUCCAAGCAAAUGAAAUUGUUUGGAUUGAUGAUGUCCUUCCGUUCAAAGUUUUUGCAGACAGAGUUGGAGUCAACUUUGUGUCAUACAGAGACGAAGCCAAGUUCAUCGAACAGCUGAAAGAGCAUAGUCUUGACAAGUAUUGGGAGUGA